AUGCCCGACCGCGGGCCGCUCUACGUCCCUCCAAGCACCGAAGCGUAUCCAUCUCGGGAUAAGAGCUUCCGCCAAGACUUUGCCGCCCCGCUCGCAAAGAACAACUCCCAACUGAAUUACCCCGGGUACCGUCGAGCUCUGGAGUUGUACGGAAACGAAUCCGUACUUCUGGGAGCACAAAAGGCCCAUCAUUUCCGCAGGUGGAUCCGACAGAACGGGGCGCUCCACAGGUCCUACCGAGUACGAGCCGAGUCAGAAGGCUUCAACCCAGACCAAGGAUUUGUCGAGCUCCUGGGUGACCAGGCGCUGUACCAUUACUACCACCCAACCGACCCCCGCAACCGCACUUCAGCAACCUCAGCUACGUACCCGGCCGAACAAGAAAUCCUGCCCCCGUCCACUCCUCUGCCAAACCGCAGAGUCACCAGCACGUCGCCAUCCACCACCCGAUCGACCAGGCGCCGCCUCGAGCCGAUCAUUGUCGAAGACUCCGACAGCGACAACAUGGCGCCCUCGACCAACAACCGCGACAACCGUGGCCGGUUCACGACGGGGCUCCCCGAAGCCCUAACCCGCAUGGACGGCCUUCGGGUGCCCAACGAGAACGACCUGGCAGGAACGUGCGUGGGAAGCGCUGAACUGUACUCCAUUCUCGCCGAACUUUUGGAACGACAGUAUGCCGCCAAGUCCACCGGGGAAGUCGAUGCCCUUUAG